ACUUCCAAGGAUCUUCUUUCAAAAUACAGUUUGCUCAAACUUCUCUUGCAAACGUCCCCACAUCAUAAUUGUAGCCAACAAGAUAUAAUAGAGCAUAUAGCGAGAAUGCCAGUCGCUAAAAUGCACUGAGUACAGAACACCCUACUUGCCAUUAUAAUUAGUUUGAACUUCAUUUAUACCGUCGUUAUCUGGAUAUUCCAGUUUCAUGGUUGAGGGGAGUGCGGAAAUAACAUCAGUAUGGCCAAGAAAUUACCCUGUAAGCAAAUGAGACUUUACCUGUGUACCUGGAAUGUUGGAGGAUCCAAGCCUGAUUUGGACUUUACAGAUGUCCUUGACCUUCAGAAUUCCAAGCACCCAGACCUGUAUUGUAUUGGUCUGCAGGAGAUUGACGUGCAAGACCUUAGUUUGGAGGAACACCCAUGGAGCAAAGCACUCACCGCCUGUCUCGGAAGUAGAGGAUAUGUCAGGUUGAAAGUUCGUAGGAUGCGUGGUGUGAUGACCAUUGUGUUUGCGAAGAGAACCCUGCUGCCUUAUAUCACCAGCAUCGAAGCUGAAGCUACCAAAACAGGCUUUGGGGGAUGGUGGGGCAACAAGGGAGGUGCCAGCGUGCGGCUGGACCUGUUCGGGAUGAAUCUCAUCAUUGUUAAUUGCCAUCUUGCUGCUCACAGGGAAAAAAUUCAGGAGAGAAUUAUUGACUUUGACAGCAUCCUGGAUAAUCAGAAGUUCAAGGAUGAAGAUGUGGACAACAUUCUAGACCAUGACUAUGUUUUCUGGAUGGGAGACCUCAAUUUCCGCCUUGAAGAUUUAACCUACGAAGAAGCCAUACGUCACAUUGAGAAAGGAAAUCUAACAAAACUGCUCACAUAUGACCAGCUAAAACAGUGUAAGGAAGAGGGACUGAUCUAUGAAGACUUUCAAGAAGGCAGGAUUACAUUUCCCCCCACCUACAAGUUUGACAAGGGGACCGACACGUAUGACACGAGUAAGAAGAAGCGUGUCCCAGCCUGGUGUGACCGCAUCCUGUGGCACUCCUACCAUGAGAGUUAUGGAACUGUCAGCCUUGAUGUCAAGCAGCUGGACUAUAGGAGUCACCCUAAGUACAGGAUCAGUGACCACAAGCCUGUCACAUCUCAGGUGGACAUACAGGUUUUUGGCAAGCCGCCUCCGUCCCCUGUGAAGUUCCAUAUGAUCCUCAAGUGGUACAUGUCCCAGGCCAGCACUCUGACCUACACCAUGAAGGCCAAGUCCUUCUCCACAGACUGGAUCGGCCUGUACAAGGCAGACUUCCGGAGCUUCAAUGAGUAUGUGAGCUACAUCUACGCUGAAGGUGGGGCAGAGGAACAUGGCGACCGUGGGGUGAUGAUGGAGUUCCCUGCCAGUCAAGUGCGUGUGGCUGCUGGCCAUUAUGUUCUGUGCUACCUGACCAAGAACUACUCCCUACAGGGCAUUACUAAUGAGUUCAUGAUUUGCCCCUAAGUGCUGCAUCUCAAGCCAUUAUGUUGAUAACCCUGGUCAACUCAGCUCAACAUAUCCAAAAUCUGGCAGGACAAGAUUCCUUCUGAUUGGUGCUGACAGUCAUGUGACUUGUAGUAGUCACAUGACCUGUGCAUAAUCACCAGACUGUGAUAAGUUAAUAUAUUUUUCAGCAUAGUGACAUUGUAGCUUAUAUUACCAAUGUGCUGAAGUUAUUUAAUCUUUGAGUAUUGAAAUCUUCAGUAUGAGUAGUUAGUCAGAGAAGCUUAACAAGGCCUCAUCAUAUCUUGUAAGCUGAGUCCUAAUAAAAUCUGACCUAG